GGCGGGGGCUGUCACACAGAAAGCGGCACAUGUGAGCGCCAUGAGGUUUCACGCGGUGGCGGAAAAGGCCCUACUAAAGACGUUAUAGCAUUUUACUACAUACUCUCUUUUUUUGUUUUGCUAAAGACAACAGGAGCCGGCUGGACCUUUUUUUUUUUAGACAAAAAGGACAAAGCGAGCAACUCGGAAAGUUCUGGGCCGGUGACACCCUCAUUAGACAUCAUGGCGGACUACCUUAUUAGCGGACAGACUGGCUACGUCCCCGAGGACGGACUCAGCGGGCAACAGUUGUUGAAUGGCGGCGAUGGACUCACGUACAAUGACUUCCUCAUUCUGCCAGGAUAUAUUGACUUUACAGCAGAUCAAGUGGACCUGACCUCGGCGCUCACCAAACAAAUCACAAUGAAAACACCCUUUGUCUCCUCCCCCAUGGAUACAGUCACAGAAUCCAAUAUGGCUAUCGCCAUGGCAUUAACAGGUGGUAUCGGUUUCAUCCACCACAACUGUACUCCAGAGUUCCAGGCCAAUGAAGUCCGUAAAGUCAAGCGGUACGAGCAGGGCUUCAUUACGGACCCCGUGGUGAUGAGCCCCAGUCAUCGCGUGCACGACGUCUUUCAGGCCAAGGCCCGCUACGGCUUCUGCGGCAUUCCCAUUACGGAAGACGGCAAGAUGGGGAGCAAGCUGGUUGGCAUCAUCUCCUCUCGAGACAUCGACUUCCUGAAGGCGGAUGACCACAACAUGCCUCUCAGUGAGGUGAUGACAAAGCGAGAGGAUCUUGUCGUCGCACCUGCAGGGGUGAUGCUCAAAGAAGCUAAUGAAAUCCUGCAAAGGAGUAAGAAAGGCAAGCUGCCCAUCGUCAAUGAAGAGGGCUGCCUGGUGUCCAUCAUCGCCCGAACUGACCUGAAGAAGAACAGAGACUUCCCCCUGGCUUCCAAAGACUCUCGCAAACAGCUGCUGUGUGGCGCCGCUAUCGGCACGCACGACGACGACAAAUACCGACUGGACCUGCUGGUGCAGAGCGGAGUAGACGCGAUUGUACUGGAUUCGUCCCAGGGUAACUCAAUAUUUCAGAUCAACACGAUCAAAUAUGUCAAAGAGAAGUACCCAAGUCUACAAGUCAUCGGUGGCAAUGUGGUGACUGCCGCUCAGGCGAAGAACCUGAUCGACGCAGGAGUGGAUGGACUGAGAGUCGGAAUGGGCAGCGGGUCCAUUUGCAUCACGCAGGAAGUGCUUGCGUGCGGCAGACCUCAGGCCACGGCUGUCUACAAGGUGUCCGAGUACGCCAGACGCUUUGGUGUGCCCGUCAUCGCCGACGGCGGCAUCCAGACCGUCGGACACGUCACUAAAGCUCUGGCACUAGGAGCGUCCACAGUGAUGAUGGGCUCGCUGCUGGCUGCCACAAGUGAAGCUCCCGGUGAAUAUUUCUUCUCGGACGGCAUCCGGCUGAAGAAGUACCGCGGCAUGGGCUCCCUGGAUGCCAUGGACAAAAACCUGGGUUCCCAGACCAGAUACUUCAGUGAGAGUGACAAGAUCAAAGUCGCCCAGGGUGUUUCAGGAGCCGUGCAGGACAAGGGCUCCAUCCACCAGUUUGUCCCUUACCUGCUGGCUGGCACUCAGCACUCGUGCCAGGACAUCGGCACCAAAAGUCUCACCCAGCUCAGAGCCAUGAUGUACAGCGGAGAUCUGAAGUUUGAAAAGAGAACAUCAUCCGCUCAAAUGGAGGGCGGCGUCCACAGUCUGCACAGUUAUGAGAAACGUCUGUUUUGAAGAAGGAGGGUACUUCCCAUGUGAUGCAAAAAACCCCACAUCAAACAGGACCUCUUUUAAAAACACACACAAGUGUGACCUCAGAGUUUGUAUCCAUGAAGUCUUCCAGCAUCUUCUAUGCAUCCUCUAAUAAUAUUAUUCACCAAAAGCAUUUAUCAGUCACUGCACAUCUGUGACCUUUUAAUGCCUUCCAUCCUCUGUGUCCGUUUUUUAAAGAAUUAAAUGUUACUUUUUUCAACAUGA